CGGAGGAAGGCGAAAAGGACCGCGCUGGGAGGGGCGGGACAGGGUCGGGGAAUCGAACUGUGGGCUGCCCCUUCCCACCAACUUGGUUUGUACAUCUAACCCCAACGGUGUAAGGAGCCGGCGCGGGUUCAGGCGCUGACUGGAGCGGCUCAGGGGGAAGUCCCGAGCAGCCCUAGCGCGGGUGGGUGGGAAUGCCUAACUUCAGCUGGAGGAGGACUCGGAGCCAAAGGGGUUAAGACCAGCGACUCCCCCUACUUCCCGCCUCCCUGAAACAAACACCCGCUAGCCAUGAGCAGCCGCGACCACCUGUUCAAAGUGCUGGUGGUGGGGGACGCCGCGGUGGGCAAGACGUCGCUGGUCCAGCGAUAUUCCCAGGACAGCUUCAGCAAACACUACAAGUCCACGGUGGGAGUGGAUUUUGCUCUGAAGGUUCUCCAGUGGUCUGACUCCGAGAUGGUGCGGCUCCAGCUGUGGGAUAUUGCAGGUCAGGAGCGCUUCACCUCUAUGACACGAUUAUACUACCGGGAUGCCUCUGCCUGUGUUAUUAUGUUUGAUGUUACCAAUGCCACUACCUUCAGCAACAGCCAGAGAUGGAAACAGGACCUGGACAGCAAGCUCACACUGCCCAAUGGAGAGCCCGUGCCCUGCCUGCUCUUGGCCAAUAAGUGUGAUCUUUCCCCUUGGGCUGUGAGCCGGGACCAGAUUGACCGGUUCAGUAAAGAGAACGGUUUCACAGGUUGGACAGAAACAUCAGUCAAGGAGAACAAAAAUAUUAAUGAAGCCAUGAGAGUCCUCAUUGAAAAGAUGAUGAGCAAUUCCAGAGAAGAUGUCCUGUCUUUGUCCACCCAAGGAAACUACAUCAAUCUACAAACCAAGUCUUCCUCCAACUGGGCCUGCUGCUAGUAGCCUUUGGCUUGUCCUUCAUUACAGUUCAUUCGGAGGUCUUUUCAUCUCUUUCUUUUGGUGGCCCACCCAGCAAUUUUAUUAAGUACUUUUGAACUGUCUCCUGUGGACUGUCCAAUAAUGAGAUCCAUUGUCACUUAGAAAAGACACCCGGGCCUCAUGUGCAUUUCUGCAUCUCCUGAUGUUGGCUCCUGGCACUGGUGGCCCUGUUAGUGCCUUCUAUUUAAGAGAGAUCACCUCAUUUCUCAAUUUGUGGUCUGGAAAUUUGUAGGAAGAAUUAGAAAUCAGCAUCUGUGUUUUAAAGAUCAUAAGUCUCACCUAUAUUUGAGCUUAUUUUUUCUUUUGAUGUACAUUGAUAUUAGACUUCACAUUGAGAGGAAAAUGAGAUGGAAUGACAUUCCCCAAAUUUCUGGUAAGCUUCAGAUUCUUUGUCUUGGAUCUGGAAUUUAUGCAGCUGAUUUUGAGAUGCAGAAGUUGGGAGUCUGGACAUCUAUGGGUUUUGGGCUAUUGUGGUGACCUAGAAGUCAUUAUUACUGAAAUGUCUAAAGCCAUAAUUAGCUCUUUUAUCUUGGCUUCAAGAAUAGCCAAGCUUUUAACUACCCGUUUUACAGUGUGAGAGCAUUUCUUUUCACAAAGGACUUAAUCCUCACAUUCCACCGUUGCAGUGUCUCCCUACCAGUCAAGUGGGGACAUGGUUUGCAGAUUUCUGGGCAAAAGUCUACAAGUGAUGUCAGUUGGCCAGGGUGCUCUGGAAUAAGUGUUGCUCACAGCUUUGGGGAUCUGAAUGGAAGAAGUUAACAGAACAGAAUCCUGCUGAGUAAUUUUAUGAGCACUGUGGGCGGUGAGCACUUAAUAGCCAGAGGAAAUAAAUAUUAUGUACAGGCCUUGGACUGAGGGUGGAGUGAAUAGACAGAAAAUCAUUAGGUAAUUUAAAUGCUAAGUUGGGUAAGAUUUUUAGUAUUGAGUCACUUCUAGACAGUUCAAUUUGUUAAAUCUCUCAAGGAUAGUGAUUUCUAACCUAUCCAAAGUUAAGACUAUUAACAAACUCAGAGGCCUGAAGUGCUUUAAUAGACUUUAAGUGUCCUAAGUCGGUGGUUGCCAAAGCUGACUGAUCAGAAUCAGCCAGAAGUUUGUUUAAAAAUGUUUAAGAGCUGGGUUAGUUCCUGGCCUGGUGGUUAAGGUAACUGGAUCCCACAUGCCAACCUGCAGUUCAAGUUCCAGAUUUGGCAG